CGUGUGCUACAUCGAUUCCAGUCCGGCAAGAAACUAAACACGAUGGAACGGAGUCGGCGGUUUAAAGGGGUAACACUUGCAGAAUGAGAGUCAAACGAUAAAAGAAACUUCUUGAAGCAGGAAGUAAACUGAAAGCGGCAUCAUGGCAGAAAACACAGACCCACGUGGGGAUGCAGCAGCUGAGGACAUGCCCGAGCUCUCUGACUGUGAGGAUGAAGACAUUGAUGAAGAAGAUAAGUGGCAAUGGAUGGAGGAGGAGGAGGAAAACAAUCAGACCGUUACCUGUUUGUUCUGUGACAAGUUGUUGAGCUCUGUGUCUGACACCCUGCAGCACUGCAUAGCUGUGCAUCAGGUCAACAUUGUAGAUAUAAUAAGAAAACACAAUUUAGACGACUACGGUUACAUCAAGAUGAUCAACUUCAUACGGUCCACAAAAUGUGAUGCCUCCAGUCUUACUGGACUUCCAGACGCUCCCUUACCCUGGGAGAGUGAGGACUUCCUGCGACCUGUCAUCCAGGAUGACCCUCUGCUGCAGACAGAUCCCGAGGAACUCUGUGAAGUCGAAGGUGCGAACCAGUCUGCGUGUCCUUCGUCUGGGGCAGAGUCCCAUAAUGCACUUCAGCAGAGGACACAGGCUGCUGAGGAGAGAGCUCGUUCCUCAGAGGAAGCGCUGGCCAGAGCCAUGGACGACCUGCACAAACUCAAGCUGCUGGCUCAGGGUUUGGUGAUGAACGCAGAAACCAAAAAAAAAUCUGGCAACCUGGGCCCUGUGGCCGAACUCCGAGAGGACGAAGACGAGGCCUAUUUCAGCUCCUACGGCCAUUACAGCAUCCACGAGGAGAUGCUGAAGGACAAAGUGCGCACAGAGAGCUACCGUGAUUUCAUGUACCGCAACCCCGAAGUGUUCAAAGACAAGGUGGUGCUGGACGUUGGCUGUGGGACGGGCAUACUGUCCAUGUUUGCCGCCAGAUCUGGGGCCAAGAAGGUCAUCGCAGUGGACCAAUCAGUAAUCAUCUAUCAGGCCAUGGACAUUGUCAGAUCCAAUCAACUGCAGGACACGAUCACUCUGAUAAGAGGAAGGAUAGAAGACAUAACCCUCCCUGUGGACAAGGUGGACAUCAUCAUCUCAGAGUGGAUGGGUUACUUCUUGCUGAUGGAGUCCAUGUUGGAUUCAGUUUUGUACGCUAGAGACCUCUACCUGUCUGACACCGGCUCAGUCUAUCCCGACCUCUGUAACAUCAGCCUGGUAGCAGUCGGGGACAAACAGCAGCAUCAAGACCACUUGGCAUUCUGGGACGACGUGUACGGCUUUAACAUGGCUUGCAUGAAGAGGGUUGUGGUGCCUGAGGCGUCGGUGGUAGCGAUGAAAGUAGACACACUCAUCUCUGAACCUGCAGUCGUACAGACGUUUGACUGUAACAGAGUGUGUCUGUCUGAGCUGGAGUUUUCAUCAGAGUUCUGCUUGAAGAUUACAAAGACCGAAGAGUGCACGGCAAUUGUCGGCUACUUUGACAUUUUCUUUGACAAAGGCUGCAGCAACAAGGUGAUGUUCUCCACGGGUCCUGAGGUCACAAAGACUCACUGGAAACAGACAGUCUUCCUCCUGGAGAAGCCUUUCUCUGUCCAAGCAGGGGAGGAGCUUCAAGGGAAGAUCACAGUGCGUAAACACAAGAGGGAUCCUCGCGCACUGCUGGUCACCUUUGACCUCAGAGACAAGAAGAUGAUUUACAGCGUGCAGUAACGUCAUCACAUGGUGUAACUUCAAGCCCACAUUUUUAUGUAUUCUCAGCACAGGGAGGAUAUUAAAACUGUAUCUGAUGUUCAUGCUCGAUUGUUUCUGUGCCUUGUAAUAAAAAUCAACUGUUGUUUGAGAUUC